AUGGUGCCCAGUAAGGCGCUAGAGAAGAAGAGACCAAAUGGUGGCUCAGGCCUGCCUACCACCCGUAGCCAGGUCUCUGUGAAAAGCCCUCUACCCCAGGAGGACAUUGAAUUGCUCCCAGAGGCAGUAAUGAACAUCAAUUCUGCGGAGAAAUAUUUAGCCAGUAUACUUUUGUGUCAAGCAGAUGAACCUUUCACCCUGCCACACCUGACUGCCAUCCUUUUUCAGAUCAUGCAAAUGUCCAAAUCUAUUCCCCUCCCGGUUACCAAUGCCAUCCGGGCGGUAGCUUUCCUCUUGAAGCAAAAUGCAACCUCCGAAAUCGCCCAAGUCGUUGCCCAGCAGCUUACAGAAUCCCUGUCCUCUCGUCUGGUGAACCAUGUUGUCGCAGCUAUCUCCCCACAAGUAGCCACGUUUCUCACCACAUCCGAGACCCUAAAGGAGACGCUGGACCAGACAAUUAAGUUACAAUCGAUGAUCAAGAGAGAGAAGGAGGAAAAGGAGAACAGACUUCAGACUGCAGCAGAGAGAUUUGAGGAAGCUGCAGACGCUCUCUACGAGUCAAUGGAAGACUGCCAUAACUCAUAUAAGCUGCUCACCCCAUCCCUCAAAACAACGCAAAACAGGCUCAAUACCCUAUCCACCCAGCUCACCUGCCAGCUGACCCUGACUUCUGCGCAGACAACCGCAGCCACUCUGUCCCAUCCCUCCUACAGCUCAGCCACUGCAGCUCACCUGCCGCCAUCAGUAGACCAAGCUGUUGCCAGGGCAUCCAUCAGGGUGAGACAGAUCUUGCUCGACCCCACUCCGGGCAACUCCCUCUUCCCUCCAGAAGCCUCGAAUGCGGAUAUCGUUAAGAGAAUUAAGGAUGUACUGACAAAGAUUGAUAGUACAGACGCCCCAUCCAGGGAUGUCAGAGCUAUCCAACGCCUUCGAAACGGAGGACUGAUUGUAGAAUUGGACAAUGAGCAGCUAGCAGGCUGGUUAAGAGGCCCAAUUGGAGGCCCUUAUCUCCCCAUCAACUAUGAAGUCGAGCGCGAGGACUUCCCCCGCCUUGUCGAACGGGACAACCAAUUACCGCUUAACUCCAUCGCGUCCAUCCGAUGGAUUAAGCCCCCUCAGCGCCAAACUCAGGAGCAAUGCAAUGCAUUUGCAUUGUUACAGGUCCGGGAAGCCACCAUUGCCAACGACAUCCUCAAGGAGGGCAUCUGCAUAGACUCCCGCUCCCCAAGCAAGCAGUCCACCCUGACCUUCCAGCCCAUCAAGCAAGCCGCCCCCGCCUCCACACCUAUCCCCUCUCUGACACCCUCAACACCUUGGACCACCUCAAACCCCUUGACCCCCGCAAUCCCUCCCACCCAGCGGAUCUCCUCGACCCCUCAGACUCCUUCGACCUACUCGACCCCCAGCAUGGCCCCCAUCUCCCUUUCUAAUGUCUGA